AUGGCUGUCCCGGACCUACUGGUCAAGAAAAGACCCACCCCGGGAGGCGUAACCAUCUCCAAAUCCGAUAGCUUCGAUUCCAAUGCUAGUCCUUCGACCCCGGACCCGAAUUCCCCAGCGAGCUUCGACAGCGGCCAUCGAUCCUUCUCCAUCAGUUCCAUCAAAGGCCGGGCAUGGCGCUCGUUCAGCUCCAAGGAGAAGGGUGGAACGCCCGACGCAGGCCAUAGUUUUCGCACCCACGCCCGGAGGCUUUCCAAGUCGAGACCCAUUUCUUCUUCGUCACAUACCGAUGGCCCCAGUCGCCGGGGCUCGACCGUUUCCGACGAUCAUAGCCGCUUAUCGCUGUCAACCGCCGAUAGUCUCAGCCUAGUCAACGCGAGCUCGGCUUCUUCGUCGGUCGACUGGAGUGCCCAGCAUGUCGAGGGAUUCGCCGCCCUCGAGUCCGAUACCCUCCUUCUAAAAACAAAAACAAAGACACCCUACCUCGUCGUCACGACCAACUACCUGCUUAAGACCAAGAGUCGCGCUGAUGCCGUGGCGCUCAUCCCGGGGUUGGCGGCGGAAGGGAGCAAGCCCGAAAGCAGUGGCUCAGGCCCCGAGCCGCUGCUGGUCAUCCCAACGGACGCAAUCGUGUCGGUGUUUGCAGCCGAGAGCACGCGACCAUCGUUCGGCAUCGAAGUGUGGUGGAGGAGCCCGCUAGCUGGCCACUCGUUUUGUCGGUCGGAUUUCUUCUUCACGGAUCCCACCCAGCGGAACGAGCAGUUGCACCAUAUCACCCGUUCCAUGCGGGCCGGCCAACAACAAGAUGAGGAUGGAGCUGCUCGCCAUUCCCAGGACGUCAAGGCGGUGAUCAAAAAGAUCCACGAGGUCGAAGAGCCUCGGUUCCACCACUGGAAACCCGAAAUCAUUCCUGUCGUGCCGCGUGGUGCUACGAGGAGGGGGUACAUGCCCAAGCUCGAGGAUGCAACGAAAAAGUCUCAGGAAGGCCCCGCGUUCUACCUCGUUGUCGGCACCUACCUCUGCCAUCUCGUCGAGGUCCAGAAAGGGAAGGGCGGGGACGCAGUUUGUCGGCACAAGUCCUACGGCCUGGUGACGCUGGAGAGCUUCAAAGGGGAGUGGGUUAUGCACGAAGAGCGGUUCAACAUCACCUUCCGCGAACCGUUCAAGAGCCCCGUCGCCCUCGAGCUAGCCAGCCGCUACUACCGACACAUCAUCCGCGUCUUCGGCACCUCAGAUCGUUUUCUCAAGCCUGCCUGGCCGCAGCUAUGGCAGAGCAUGGAGAUCUUCCACGUCUCGGGUUUGAAAGAGCCGCAGUACCUCGUGCCCAAGGAAGAUUUUGGAAGCUUCAAGCGGACCCUCGACGGGUACCUUGCGGCGUACCACUGCCAGGAUGUCGAUUGGGAGAUCAACUGGAAGACCCGGUUCGCCCCCGAGUUCCGGCUGCUGCCCGGGAAGCGCGGGCCAUACUCCUCCCUGCAGCUUCUCGCUGUCCUCCGCGCGCUGCGGUACAACGACUAUUUUACGUCGUUGUCCUUCCGGGACGUCGACUUGUCGGUGCUGCAUGGCCUUCAGGACAACACCCUUAGGAAGGUGAAUGUUGCGUACCUGAGCCGUACUUGCGUGGCCCUUGGCCCUGACGAGAUCGAGACGCUGAGGGUCAGCCCCGUGCUGCACCAAGAGUUCCACGCCCUCGCCUUCUGUUCCGAGAAGAUUCGGCAGAUCGACUUUGGGAACUGCAGCCGGUCCCUCUCUUCACGAAUGGCGCAAUACAACAACCAGCCCCAAAGUCUCCAGUUUCUCGCCCCCAUUUUGAGCUUGCUGAGGUCGGGUAUCACCAAGUGCAACCGCCUGAUCGUCAGCGGGAAUACCUUGCCUCCGUCCGAUGUUGAGGACCUUGCCGAGACGAUGAAGUGCGGGACAAUCCAAGCCCUCGACGUGUCCUAUUGCGGCCUCGACGACGCCAGCUUGCGAGAGGUGAUUGUUGACCCGCUCUCCGACUGCCCGGGGCUCCUGCAGACACUGUCCAUAUCUGGAAAUCCUGGCCGGCUUCCAGCGCACAUUCUGCCCGGCUUGUUUCGAUACCUCACCGAGAUCCGGGAGUUGAACCUGAGCGGCAGUAUCCAGGCCGAAAGCUUUAUCGAGGGCUCGCUGCUCCCCUUCACCGCCCUCGAGUCGAUGGAGAGGCUCGAGGAGCUUGACGUCUCGGGUUAUAAGCUCGACGACGCCACCUCCCACGACCUCGAGCGAUUCUUGCAGUACCGAAACUGGCGGGCCGACCAGGGCCAGCCCCUGCGCUUCCACAAGCUCGUCCUCAACCACUGCCGCAUCACGGGCACGCAAGCAGCCCGCCUCUUCCACGCCAUCGGCGAGAACCGCGGCAUGCACCUCUGCCUCAGCGGAAACCCCAUCGAAGACGGCAUCGAAGACCUCGCCGCCGCCAUCACCUCCAACCAAGGCCCCGCCGGCCUCUACCUCGAGAUGAUCGAGUUCAAGCACGAGGCUAACUACCUCACGCUCCUCGAAGCGCUCACCACCACCCGACACCUCACCCUCCUCAGCCUGGCUGGGCACCGCCCCCUCCCCAGACUCCCCCGGCCCCUGCACCUCGACCUCUCCGGCUUCUCAGGAAAGCUCGACGACGGUCAACUGCCCCCCGGCGCGGGCCGCGCCCUCUCCGGGCUCGCCACCAACACCACCCUCACCCACCUCCGCAUCCGCAACCAGAACCUGCACUCGGACGCCGGCGUCCUCGGCCGCGCCCUCGCCCUCAACUCCACCCUGCGCGCGCUCGACUGCCGUGGCAACGGGCUCAACCUGACCAGCCUGCGCUUCCUGGUCGAUUCCCUGGCGGCGCCCACCAGCGCCAUCACCGAGUUCCCCUGCCCGGCCGACGAGCGCGCCGCCGUGUGGCGCACGGUGUUGAGGGGCUUGCAGCGCACGCCGUCGUCGGCGGCGGUGUCGGCGCUGGGGACGGUGAGUGCGGCGGCCGCGGCGAGUGCGGGGGCGGCGGUGGCGGUGAGGGAUUUGUUGAAGGGGGAGGAGGUGUUGUUGAGGGGGGUGCUGGAUGGGUUGUGGGAGAGGUUGGAGGGGUGUUUGAGGGAGAAUCGGAGGAAGUUGGGGGUUGUGGUGGAUGGGAAUAUGGCCGCUGGUGGUGCGCAGCAGGGGUAUAGGCAUCGGCAUCGGCGGAGUAGCAGUGCGGGGUUGGGUGGUGGUGGUGGCGGUGUGUUCCCCGGGGAGGAGGAGUGGUCGGGUUUUGACGUGGUUGCUGAUACCGGCGUAGGUUUGGGUAUUGGGACGGGAGGAAGCGGCGCGCCUAGCAGGUGGCCGAGCACCGACUCGGAACCGGGCAGCAGCAGCGGCAACAGCAGCGGCGUGCCCAAGCCCACGAUCGAGACGCCUGCGGAGGGCCAGGGACGGGACCAGGCGCAAGUGCGCGUGGUGGUCGGGGAGGCAGACCAGGAAGAAGUGGAAGGGGAUGACCUGUUCCGCAAGAUGGUGGACGAUUUCCGGAAGGCGGGGUUUGAGGUUUAG